UGCGCCGCGGUCAGCUGAUUGCUCCGGCUGGCACGUGACUUGCUGUGGGCGCAGGGGUCGAGGAAGCCGAGAGGCCAGAGCUUAGGUCCGGGAGGGAUGGAGCGCUGAGCGGUUAAACGUCUGCCAGGCUUCCUGCCUCCGCACCUGUCGCCGCUGCCGCCGCCGCCACCGCCGCCACCGCCGCCACCGCCUCCUGCGACACCUUCCCGGCUUCUCCAUUGACUACCAAAGAGGUAACAAACAUGACUGAGUUCUGGCUCAUCUCUGCUCCUGGGGAGAAAACGUGUCAGCAGACAUGGGAGAAACUGCACGCAGCAACCACCAAGAACAAUAAUCUUGCCGCCUCUUCCAAGUUCAACAUCCCUGACUUGAAGGUUGGCACGUUGGAUGUCUUGGUUGGCUUGUCGGAUGAACUGGCCAAACUGGAUGCAUUUGUAGAAGGCGUGGUCAAGAAAGUGGCUCAGUACAUGGCUGAUGUGUUGGAGGAUAGUAAAGAUAAAGUUCAGGAGAAUUUACUGGCCAGUGGAGUUGACUUGGUUACUUACAUAACAAGGUUCCAGUGGGACAUGGCCAAAUACCCAAUCAAGCAGUCUCUAAAGAACAUCUCUGAAAUAAUUGCCAAGGGAGUCACUCAGAUCGACAAUGACCUGAAGUCGCGAGCGGCUGCGUACAAUAACCUGAAAGGGAACCUUCAAAAUUUGGAGAGGAAGAAUGCGGGAAGCUUGCUAACGCGAAGCCUGGCGGACAUUGUGAAGAGAGACGACUUUGUUCUGGACUCGGAGUACCUCGUCACGCUGCUGGUGGUGGUCCCCAAGUUGAACCACAAUGACUGGAUCAAGCAGUACGAGACCCUCGCAGAAAUGGUCGUUCCAAGGUCGAGCAAUGUUCUUUCAGAGGACCAAGACAGUUAUCUUUGUAAUGUCACCUUGUUUAGAAAAGCAGUUGAUGAUUUCAGACACAAAGCCAGAGAAAACAAGUUCAUAGUUCGUGACUUCCAGUAUAACGAGGAGGAGAUGAAGGCAGAUAAAGAGGAGAUGAACAGGCUGUCUACCGACAAGAAGAAGCAGUUUGGACCCCUUGUGCGGUGGCUUAAAGUGAAUUUCAGUGAGGCGUUUAUUGCCUGGAUUCAUAUAAAAGCAUUAAGGGUUUUUGUCGAGUCUGUUUUAAGGUACGGCUUGCCGGUGAACUUCCAAGCGAUGCUCCUGCAGCCCAGUAAGAAAACAAUGAAGAAGCUUCGAGAAGUGUUGCAUGAGCUGUACAAGCACCUGGACAGCAGUGCGGCUGCUAUCAUCGAUGCUCCAGUGGACAUUCCUGGCCUGAACCUGAGUCAGCAAGAGUACUACCCCUAUGUGUAUUACAAGAUUGACUGUAACUUGCUGGAAUUCAAGUAAAUGAGCUCCUCCCCCGGUCAACCCUGUCCUGUGUGGCUGUGCUCACAAGGUUAGCUCGCACAGCUCCCGCGCCCUUUGCCUGCUCUGUGCCCUUUUCCCCAGGUGGAUUUUCUCAUGUGGUCCAUAACUCAACAUUUGCUGUUUAAUGGGAAAAAUAUAUAUAUAUAUAGUUUCUUUUUAUUGAUCAGGUCUGUAAAUGUGUACUGAAAACAAUCAGAGUUUAUUUAUAAAUAGAAUUGUUUAUUUAAAGAGGUAUUUUCCUCUGAUAUCAUGGUCUGCAUAAUUCUGUGUGUUACUGUUGUGCACAGCCUUGUUUACAGGGAAUGGCGUAAACGUACCAUUUUGUUCACUGUAUUUAGUAGACAUAAUUGCUCAGUAGUUACUAAGUCGUGAUAUAGAGCAAUGUGACAACAUUCAGGUGUGUGCUUUCAGAAUCUUCCCAACACUAUCUUGUCAGCACCUACAGGACAGAAUAAAAGACCCUGUGCCCGGUGUGCUGUGUGUGUGACUGGAGAGGAUGUCACUGCAGUGCAGGCUAAUCGCAGGCUGCUGUCAGGAUGCACUGCUGCCGAGAGGUGUGGACAUGUGUGUCUGACUUGCAUAUGAUUUAACUGUGCCAAAUUUGGGUCAGAGCACAAAUCUGAAGGUUAUUUUUCCAACACAUGGUGAUAUUUAUAUUUGGACGCUGGACGCUUAGUUCUUUUAAAUAGAAGUGGGGCCAGUUUUGAAUAAAGUGUAGCAAAACUCUUCAGUAUUAGUCAUUUAUUUUGU